AAGUCUGGGUAUUGGUAAAUUUAUAUAGUAUAUUUCUGGCGUUAGUACAUUAGGUGUAUAGAGCUGAUCAUUGGUUAAUUUAAGCACGGAAAUGCAUUUAUGUAAUAUUGUGGGACUUAAAUUUUGCUAAAUAACCGGAAUACGCCCUGGGAUGUUCUAUUACACUCGGGGAGUCUGUUAGCUAGUUGGCUAAAUGGAGAGCGCGCGCUGGGCUUUCCGCUGCGGCUCGUGGACGCCGAGCUCGAGUCAAUGGCUGUUCGCCGCUCGCUGCAUUCAGCGCGAGGAGAAAGAGCGAAUCGGGCGGUUCGUGUUCGCCAGAGACGCCAAGUUCGCUAUGGCAGGCCGGCUGCUGAUGAGAAAGCUAAUCUCUGAGAAGAUGGCUCUGCCCUGGAAUGAGAUUUGCCUUGAGAGGACGCCCAAAGGGAAGCCCUUCCUGGCCCGCCCUACCCCUCCCAGCGCCACCCGCAGCUACAGCUUUAACGUCUCACACCAGGGGGACUUCGCCGUCCUGGCUGCAGAGUGUGGGCUGCAGGUGGGCGUGGACGUAAUGAAGACAGGCCGGCCAGGUAGUGGUUCUUUGCCACACUUCUUCCAAAUCAUGAGGAGACAGUUUACUGACCGUGAAUGGGUGGUCAUCCAGGGGGCGGGGUCAGAGUGGACACAACUGGAUAUGUUCUACAGACACUGGGCCCUGAAAGAGAGCUUUAUUAAGGCUGUUGGAGUUGGUGUGGGGUUCAACCUGCAGAGGGUGGAGUUCCACAUCUCGCCUGUGCGCAUGCAGGAGGGCCAGGUGUAUCGGGAUACAAGGAUGUGCCUGGAUUCCGAGGAGGAAGAUCCUGAUUGGGUGUUUGAGGAGAGUCUGCUGGACCAGGACCACCACGUGGCUGUCGCACUGGGGAAGAUGGAGCACCCUGCCGGAGUUGUAGCUCAUGGGGAUGACUGGAGCUCCAAGAUCUCCCCGCCCCAGCGGUUCACCCUGCUGACCUUUGAUGACCUCAUCUCCGGAGCCGUGCCACUGGCGGAUGAGGACGCACAGUACUGGGAGGAUUUCCAGAAGAAGUAUUUUAGGUGCCCUCAUGUGCCCAGUGGAUGCACGAUACAACCACCUGGCUUCGUACAAACCCACAAUUUCCCUCAUUUCCAUUCCCAUCUAUCAAGGCAGAGGUCCUGCUCACGGGGGCCGCAGUCUGAGCAGGGAUGCCCAGACCUCCUCCUCCCCUGCCGCCACCUCCAGCUCCACCUAGGAACCAAGGCGUUCACAGACCAGCCAAGAGAUAUAAUCUCUCCAGCGUGUCCUGGGUCUGCCCUUCCAGUUGGACAUGCGUGGAACACCUCCCCAGGGCGGUGUCCAGGAGGCAUUCUAGUUAGAUACCCAAGUCACCUCAGCUGGCUUCUUUCGAUGCAGAGGAGCAUAACUGCUGACACGGCACCGAUCUGCUUAUCAAUCUCCCGCUCCCUUCUUUCCUCACUCAAGACCCCAAGAUGCUUAAACUCCUCUACUUGAAGCAGCAUUUCAUCCCCAACCUGGACAUGGUAAUCCACCUGGUUGAGAACCAUGGUUUCAGACUUGGAGGUGCUGAUCCUCAACCCAUCUGCUUCACACUCAGCUGCAAACCAUCUUAGCUCAUGCUGCAGGUCACAGCCUGGCAAAGCCAAUGGGACCACAUCAUCUGCAAAAAUCAAAGAUGCAAUCCUGAGGUCACUGAUCAGGACCCCCUCCACCCUUUGGCUACACCUUGAAAUUCUAGGUCCACAAAGGUUAAGGGCAGCCCUUGCAGAGUCCAACACCAGCUGAGAAUGUGUCUGACUUUGUGGUAGUAAAAUCAGUGAUAAUGCAUAUGCAGUAUAUAAGUGGCCCCCCAUCCUGGGUUGUUCCCUGCCUCGUGCCCAUUGCCCCCGCGACCCAGUAGGAUAAGCGGUUUGGAAAAUGGAUGGAUGGAUUAUAAUUAUUAAUUGCUGCUUUUGGAAUAGUUAUUGUGCUAAACAUGUAGUGCAAUAUUGUAAGCUUUCUUAAGUAAUGGGUUUUCACUUACAAAAUUAGAAGUAUUUUAUGAGGAACUAAUAUAUGAUGGCUUAAUCUGCAAAACGACUGGAUAAAGUUGCAGACCUGAUCCAAGAAGUUACAGAUACCAACAUUUCUGUGCUGAUGUCAUAUGUCAUAUGUCAAGGAUAAGUACUGUAGGAAGGAGCACAAGGGAAUAAAGGGGAAGUACAAUGAAGAAAAUACAGUAAAACCACGGAUUGCAAGCAUAAUUCGUUCCAGAAACAUGCUCGUAAGCCAAAGCACUCGUACAGUAUAUCAAAGCAAAUUUUCCCUUUAGAAAUAAUGGAAACUCAGAUGAUUCAAAAAUAUGGAGUUGGUCCACCCAUUGCAGCUGUAAUAGCUUCAACUCUUCUGUGAAGGUUGUCCACACGGUUUAGGAGUGUGUUUAUGGGAAUUUUUGAUCAUUCUUCCAGGAGAGUAUUUGUGAGGUCAGGCACUGAUGUUGGACAAGAAGGCCUGGCUUGCAAUCUCUGCAGGCUCUAAUUCAUCCCAAAGGUGUUCUGUCGUGUUGAGGUCAGGGCUCUGUGCAGGCCAGUCAAGUUCUUUCACACCAGACUUGCUCAUCCAUGUUCUUAUGGAUCUUGUUUUGUGUUUUGUGCAGUAUUAAGAGUUCCUUUCACGGGAACUAAGGGCCCGAGCCCAACCCCUGAAAAACAACCCCACACCAUACUGUAAUCCCUCCUCCACAAAACUUUUCCCUUGGCACAAUGCAGUCAGGCAAGUACCGUUCUCCUGGCAACCGCCAAACCCAGACUUGUCCACCGGAUUGCCAGACAGAGAACCAUGAUUCGUUACUCCAGAGAACACGUCUCCACUGCUCUAGAGUCCACUGGCGGCGUGCUUUACACCACUACAUUCAACGCUUUGCAUUGCAUUUGGUGAUGUUAGGCUUGCAUGCAGCUGCUCGGCCAUGGAAACCCAUUCCAUGAAGUUUUCUGUGCACUGUUUUUGAGUUAAUCUGAAGGCCACAUGAAGUUUGGGGGUGUGUAGCUAUUGACUCUGCAAACUGUUGGAGACUUCUACACACUGUGUGCCUCGGCAUGCAUUGUCCCCGCUCUGUGAUUUUACGUGGCCUACCACUUUGUGGCUGAGUUGCCGUUGUUCCCAAUUGCUUCCAAAUGAUUGGAACACCUGAAUUCAGUGAUUUGGAGGGGUGUCCCAAUACUUUUGGCAAUAUCGUGUAUAAUUUGCUCAGUAAGCUUGCUUUUGGGCUGCU